CAGGUGCCGACGGACAAUUUCUUGGUCAAAUCUGGACAGAAAGAAUUUGAAGCUCAUCAUGAGAAUGCAGGGCUGGGGAAUCACGUUUUGCCAGUACAUUCCCCACACCAUCCUUAUUCAAAAGAUGAAUUAGGAUCAGCGCAGCCACCAACAGGUGGAGAUGUUCAAAUCAGUGCUACAUCUUCUAGUGUGACUUCUGUGUCAUCUGUUUGUCAUGAUACAGUGCCUUUACUCAUACAAACAUCUACAGGUGGUCUUAUGUCAAGCAGUUCAUCUAGAAAUGAUCAGAACCCAUCAACAAACUGUGAAAAGGCUUCAGAUUUCAAGACAAAUAAUUUAAGCAGCCAAAGUGUGAGUUUCUCCACUUAUACAGAUCUUUUACCAGAAGCUCACAGAAGUGCUAACUCUUGUCAUGUGUCAUUUACCGCCCUCCUCACUGCCCCAAUCUCCGUCACCAAUGUUGGCCUAUCAGAUUCCAUAUCUGGGGCACUGAGAGUUGCAAAUGAUCUGGACACAGAGAUUGAUGGCUUACAAUCCCAACAACACACUAGUGGGAGCCCUGCUACACGUGGGCCAAAUGUUAAAAGAUUGGAAAUGAUUGAUGGGCAGGAAAUGAUGCAUCAAAUGGGUGGCAGUGCACAUGAUGACAAGUUACACCAAAACCACCAAUCGUACACUAAUGAUGAAUGCAGCUUACUGCGGCAGGCAAUGUUAGAAUGUGACAUUCCUAUGGAAACCUUCCACAGAUUAGGGGGUGGGGACGGUGGUAAAGCAACAUUGAUACCAUCUUCAGGACAGACCCCAGUCAUGGUAGAUCACACUGUAACAUCUCAUAAUCCAAGGAACAUCAAACCCAGUGUUACAGAUAAUACACAUUCCAUGGCCGGCAUUCCAAAAGUGACAGGCAAAAGGAACUCUGUGGAGCCG